AUGAUCACUGGUGGAGUAGAUAAUUGGGGAAUAAAAAAAUAUAUUCAACUCCCAAAAGCCUUUGUUCAUAGUGCUGCAUAUCAUAGCCCUGAUAAAAACUCAAAACCUUACGGAUUGGUGACCGAUUUCAAAAAAAAACAUUUUAAAAAUACUUUUAAUUAUCUCAUUUUUCCUUAUAAAUGGCAUGAUGAAAAUUUCGCUAUCUUAUUUAUAUAUUUUGUUGGCGUUAGUAUAGUCUUGCUUCAUCCUUUGCGUAAAACUGGUGGAUGGAAGGGCUUUUUUGCAUGCAAAAUAAUUUUCUUCGCAUUAGUACUUGCACGCAGUAAAUUACGGAUUAAUAGAAACAGUGGUAUAUGGAAAUACCGUGGUUCUAAGUGUUUAAAAAAGGUUAAAAUCCAGGCAGAAAAUGUCCCCCAUUUACGAGAUGGUAGGUAUACGAGAAGUGCCUUUUUAGUGAGAUUUAUUGGUCCUCAAAAUUACUUUUCAAUACUGUAG